CAAAAAAACAAGGUUGGCCCAAACGUUCUCUGGCCUGUCCUGUGGAGUUUGAGCUUGAGACAUUGACCCAGUACCCGAGGCAAACAGCUCACAAGGAGAAGGCAAGUAGGUCUACAAAGUGGGUCAAUGAGAAGAAAACUUACUUUCCAAACCCUCAAAGAAUUUUAGUGAUCAAAAAUCAUCAAACAUCAAAAACCGCUGGACUUCUGCCUUUUGCUGAACGUCACCGUGGAUCAACAGAAUAGUUCAAACAAAUGUCCCAACAACGCAAACACAAGCAGGUUAAAUACUGAAACCCAUUCCAGAGUCCAGCAGAGCUCAGCCAUGGACCUACUGAUGGUCCUUCUCUCCUUCUCAGCCCUCGGUGCUAUAGUGGCAGAUGAAGAGUCCUGUGUCGGACGGUGUGAUCUGGGCUUCCAGAGGAUGAAUAAAUGCCAGUGUCACGCCCUCUGUUCCUUCUACAGCAGCUGCUGCAGGGACUACUACACCGCCUGCGUGAAAAAUGCCCCCCUCUUUCCCGUGGAUGACAUUGAUGAUUAUGACACACGUGAUAUCUACAUCACGGCUAACGACACGGAUGAAAUGUAUCCAGAUAUGUAUCCCAGCCUGGAACCAGAUCUGGAACUGUAUUUGUACCUUGACCCCAGCAUGGAACCCAGCCACAAACCAGAGCCCACCCACCAUUGGGAACCCACUCAUGAACCAGAGCCCACCCAUGGACCAGAACCCAACCCUGGACCAGAACCCACCCACCAUUGGGAUCCCACCCAUGAACCAGAGUCGAGCCCAGAACCGGUGCCCACCCACAACCCUGUGCCUGGCGACGUGUGUUUCAGUGGAAAGCCCUUCAAUGCAUUCACCGACCUCAAGAAUGGAUCGAUCUUUGCUUUCCAGGGACAAUAUUUUUAUGAACUGGAUAAAGGUGUUGUUGCUGGAUAUCCCAAGCAGAUUCUGGAUGUGUGGGGCGUGCAGGGCCCCAUCGAUGCUGCCUUCACUCGAGUAAACUGCGAGGGAAAAACCUAUCUAUUCAAGGGCAAGAUGUACUGGCGUUUCGAUGACGGGAUCUUGGAGUAUGGUUUUCCCAGGCCAAUCAAGGAUAACUUUCCAGAAAUUCCAACCGAUCUCGAUGCAGCCCUGGCCAUUCCUGCAUCCGGCAUCCAUGGGAAAGAGAGAGUUUAUUUCUUCAAGGGCAAUCAGUACUGGCUGUAUGUCUUUGAACAUCAGCCCACCCAGGAAGAAUGUGCAAGCAUACCCAUCUCCAUCCCCUUCCUAAGGUACACCGACCAGAUGGCUGACAAAUGGGAGGGAAACACUUGAACUUGAACUUGACUUCUCAAAGCGCCUUAGAUUCAUUCCGAAAGCUGGCGCCAAUGGCCCGUUCUCCAUCAGACGCCGCUGGGGUGGGAUCCCCAGUGGAGUGGACGCAGUGAUGAUCGGCAAACUCCAGAUGGUGCCGAAGCAAAAGCAGAAAGGGCGGGGGAGGGGCCGGGGGAGGGGCCGGGG